GGCGCGGCGCUGCCCGCGGUGUCGGCGGCUCCGCCAUGGGCUGGGGGUCCCGCCUGCGGCUGCUGGGCGGGCUGGGCCUGUGGGCGCAGCAGCGGCGGCGGGCGGCGGCGGCCGCCCCGCAGGAGGACGGCGGCGGCGGCAGGGAGCGGCGGGGCCUGGAGCUGAAGCUGGUGCAGGUGCUCUACCGGCACGGAGCACGCACCCCGCUGCGGCCCCUCCCGGGAGCGGAGCCGGUGGAAUGGCAUCCUGCUGUUUUAGAGGUACCUGCUGAGACUAAGUUUGAUUACACCGUGACUGACCUGAAGGGAGGGCCUCAGCCUCACUCACCCGAUGACGAGAGAUACAAGAAGACUACAUUCAGGGGCGGUGUGAUAGCAGGACAGCUGACAACAGUAGGGAUGCAGCAGAUGUUUGCCCUGGGGCAGAGGCUGAGGAGAAGCUAUGUGGAAGAAGUCAACUUUCUCUCACCAACAUUUAAGCCUUCUGAGGUCUUCAUCCGUUCCACUAAUAUUUUCCGGAAUCUGGAGUCCACACGGUGCCUUCUAGCUGGGCUGUAUCAGCAGCAGAAAGAAGGAUCUGUUGUCAUUGUCACUGAUGAAGCAAGCUCUGAAAUCCUCUACCCCAAUGCCUCCAACUGCCAGCGCCUGAAAUACUUGAGCAGACAGAAGUUGAUGAAUGUUCUGCAACAGCCAGGUGCCUCUGAUGACUUGAAAACAAUUAAGGAGAAGAUGGGUAUUGAUGAUGAUAAGUCAGUGGAUUUUUUUCUCCUCCUUGAUAACAUUCUUGCUGAGCAGGUGCACAAUUUGCCAAGCUGCCCUGUGCUGAAGAACUUUCAGCAGACACUUGAGCGACGAUGCAUUGACGCGCUGCUAGUCUUUCUGGAAGACAGUACAAGAGAAACUCUUCGUCUGAGUGUUGGUCUUCUGUUCUAUACCUUACAGAAGAACAUUACAGAAGCAGUAGAUCCCUCAUAUCCAGCUGAAAAGGGCAGAAAGCUCAUUCUCUAUGCUUCUCAUGAUAUUACCCUUAUGCCUCUCCUGGUGGCACUGGGCACCUUUGAUCACAAGUGGCCACCUUAUGCUGCAGACGUGACCCUGGAACUGUAUCAGCACAGGCAGUCCAAAGAGUGGUUUGUCCGCCUGUCUUACUGUGGAGAGGAACAAGUGGUGAAAGGAUGUAGAGCAGGGAUCUGCCCACUUGAAGAAUUUCUGGAAGUUCUUUCACAGUAUUCUGUCAGUCCAGAGGAGUACAAGAACCUGUGUUCCCAAAUGGAGGAGAAUCAGCAAAAUUACUCAUAAAUAAGUUAUCUUAAAUUAAAGUUAGCUUAUUGUCACAA